UUCAUUCCAUGAAGCCACGUAAUAGUUAUUUUGUUUUCUCGUACCAGAAACAAAAGCGCCGCAAUUCCUAAACGUGGCGGCUUUAUAAUUUAUUCCGGUGAAUGACAUCAGCAUCAGCUAGUUUCAAGGAGGAACAGAGCUGAAAUUGAGCCCUCCUCAAAACUUUCAUAAGGUGUUUUUGACAGUUGAGGUGAUAUAUAUUUACAAUGGAAAACAAAGAUGAUGAGGUGAAGAAGGCACAAGUUGUGGAAGCCAGGGCAAGAAAUAUCAGCCACAAUGUGCGUUGUACAGAGUGUGGGAGUCAGUCCAUUGAAGAUUCACAAGCUGAUAUUGCAAUUCUCCUUAGAAAGUUAAUCCGUGAUGAGAUUCAAUCUGGGAAGAGUGACAAAGAGAUUUAUAAAAAGCUUGAAGAAGAUUAUGGGGAGACAGUACUUUAUGCCCCUAAAUUUGAUCUGCAGACUGCAGCCUUGUGGCUAUCACCGCUUCUUGUUGCUGGUGCUGCUGCUGGGAUAUGGGCUUACAACAAGCACAGGCAAAACACCAAUGUGCACAUCAUGGCUUUGAACCUUGUUAGGGGUGUUCCAUUGACCCCAAAAGAGAAGGAAACUAUGCUAGACCUGCUCACACCUCCUCCUCCACGAGGAGUCACCCCUUCCUUCCUGUGGAGUAGGUGGCGAGGUCAAUGAUGUUCUUCAAUUUUCUAUCUCCAUUUCACUGGACCUUGAAUAUACAUGUUGAUGACAGUUUCAUAUUUGCUUGAAUACACAUGUUGAUGAGAGUGUCUGAUCGGCGCCGGCGUUUGGGAUAGAAGAGAAUUUCUUUAUGAGUUUUAAAUUAUUAAUUCUUAAACUAUUCCGGAUUAAGGUUUAAAUUGGGCAAAUUAUUCAGCUUUUAUAAUUUCUGGUUUCAAGAACACACACUAAAGUGCAUUCACACAUUGGACUUAUUUAAUUUGAUUACAUUUAUUGUAUCAUAUUGAAUCAAAUCUAUUCUUUAAAUAAAUUUUUAUUUUUUUAUUGG